AUGUCGUCCUCCGUUCCUCACAACCAGCAACAACACCGAUGGCAAGCUUCUACUGCUAAUAAUCAACAUGUUGCUGACUCUGCUCAAUCAUUCAACUCUGUACCAACUGCAACUCAGUCUGAUGCUGUGGUGAAUUCUACCCCUGCUGCAACCUAUAUCAGUAGCGACUACAAUUACUGUCCGCCCGAUAUCCUUAUUCAUCUUACUGUAUCCAUGCUUACAAAAUUAGUCACCCACAACGACACUAUUCCCGUUACGGACCAGAGCCUCACCAGGUUUCAUUCACGCUCCCCUCCUGCAAUCUCCAUUCGGGACUAUGUUGUGCGGAUUGUACGCUACGCCAAUCUUGAAAAAGCAGUGCUGCUCAUUUUACUUAUAUAUAUUGAUCGUAUUUGUGCCAAGCAUGAGAGCUUUACCAUGUCUUCACUCACUGCUCAUAGGUUCAUUAUCGCUGCUGCGUCUGUUGCUAGCAAAUCCGUAUCCGACUUGUAUUGCACCAAUGGAUACUAUGCCAAGGUCGGAGGCAUUACUCUCCAGGAAAUGAAUAUAUUAGAGCUAGAGAUGUGCAAAAUGAUGAAUUGGGAAAUGUCUUGCCAAGAAAGUCUUUUACAAACUUACUUUUAUAAUCUCGCCAAGUCAAGCGAUCUUGUCCUACAGUUUCUUCCUAUUCCUCCUAUCCAUGCUGAUGCAUUGCCUUGUUCAACACCAGCAGCCUGUCCACCAUCUUCCACUCCAGCCGAUAAAGCAUCCACUGCAUCACCAUGCCUAGUGACUGAAUCAACGGCCUUAUAUCCAACUGUAGCUACUCCCAAUCGAUCACGAAACACCUCGGACGAUGGACCUGCUACUCCCUCAUCACUUCCCAACUGA